AUGCCACUUGCGAUCUUUGGCCGUCCGAUGCUCAUUGCCGUCGUCUUGGACGUCGUCCACAAGGAAGGCGAGGACAACCUCCUGUACGUGAGCACCAAGUCGGGCUGUGACGCACUCUUGCCGCUGCGCGGCGUCGUGGCUGCUGCGGCUGGCGCGGCGCGGACACUCUUUCGAGAACGCAUUCAAAGCUGCACGUUUGCGCCGGGGGUGUGCGCCGCCUACGUCGACGACGGCGACCUCCUCUUCGUCCUCUUGCAAGACGGAGACGACGGCUCGAUCUCGUGGCUACAAGCUUGCGCGAUCAACUGCUACGAGUUUCUACAGAGCGCGUUUGGCCCGCCCGGCGUCAAGUGCUGCGACUGGACCAAGCAGUCGGCGGCCGUCGACGACGUUGUCACCCAGUGGAUUGCCGCCGUCGCGCACGAACGGGGCAUGGUCUGGCGAACAUUGUUCCCCCAUUCGACGCCGGCGCGCCGCCUGCCGUGGAGCACUCUCAUGGAGAUACACGGACCGCAGUACCUCAACGUUGCCGAACUGCCAAGCUGUGGGCGUCCGAUCGGCGUCCUCCUCUGCUAUGCGCAGCAGGUCGUGCUCUCGACCUUUGGCGCUGCCACCACGCGACUUCUCCACCAGUGGGCUCUCUUUUACGUGCGCGCCGGAGCCUGUCAUGUCCGACACAUCAACGUCCUCGACGACGCCGCGCACGAAGUCGUGGGUCGCAUACUGACGCUGCUCUGUCAUGGCGCGUGGGCGUUGCUCGUGCUCGACCCGAUCACGGACAACCCUCCGUCGACCGAAUUCGACGCAAGCGCAACUACGCACGCCUUUGGGCAUCAGCUCGCGACCGAGGCUCCACUCAUCGUCCUGCCGCCGCCGCACGCUAACGCGUACCUGCAUGUGCUGCGUUGGAGCAAAGUGCAUUUCCGCUUUCACGAGCAAGCGCCCAUGAAAGCUUGCGCAUUGGUCGACGCCGCGUGGACUCGCUGCGUUGAGAGCAUGCGUGCGCGGUAUGCAGUGGCCGAGGACGCUCAUCGUAUCGCCACGUCUCCGUUCAUGGAGCACCCGGAAGCCCCGCUUGCGGACGACACGGCGUGGAUGCUGCAUGUCGCAGUGCCCAGCGACGAUGGCGAAGACGUUGGCGGCAGCGGGUACGACCGCGGUCUCUUUCCCCCGAGUAGUUCGCUCUACCGCCCGAGCCCCGUGCUGUCGCAGCGCAUCUCGACCCAGGCGCGUCGCCUGCGCGUCAAAACGUCGCAAGACGCGCUGUGGGUGCGCGCCUUUCACGGGGCCGACCAUGAUGUCUACGUGUGCUACGACGCGUCGACACCGCACCAUGUUCUGGAGGCAGCAUGCACCGUCCAAGGCGAGUGA